AUGGUGGCGAUCGCGGUGCCCUGCACCAUCGACCAGAUCCCGCUAGUAAAAUGCCCCAAGGCGGCGAAUGUUGCGGUGCCGACCAUUGACAUGUCGGCGCCAGGCGCGGCGGCGGCCGUGGCGGACGCGUGCCGCGGCGUGGGCUUCUUCCGCGCGACCAACCACGGCGUGCCGGCCGCCCUCACCGACGUGCUGGAGGCCCGCGCGGCUGCCUUCUUCGCGCUGCCGCACGAGGACAAGCUGGAGCACGCGUCGGCGCGGCCCUUCGGGUACGGUAGCAAGACCAUCGGCCCCAACGGCGACGUCGGGUGGCUGGAGUACCUACUUCUCUCCGUCGGCUCCAGCACAAUACAGGCAUCCUCGCUACCACCGUCGCUCCGGGCGGUGCUGGAGGAGUACACGGUGGCGGUCAUCUCCGUGCUGCGGUCCAACCGCACCGGUGGCCUCCAGAUCAUGCUCCGCGACAGCCGUUGGGUCCCCGUGGCCCCCGACCCCGAUUCCCUCUUCGUCAACGUCGGGGACGCACUCCAGGUGCUGACGAACGGGCGGUUCAGGAGCGUGAAGCACCAGGUGGUGGCGCCGGAGGCCGGGAAGGAGUCCAGGCUGUCGGUGAUUUACUUCGGCGGGCCGGCGGCGACGCAGCGGAUCGCGCCGCUGCCGGAGCUGAUGCGGGACGGGGAGCAGAGCUUGUAUAGGGAGUUCACCUGGGGCGAGUACAAGAAGGCCGCCUACAAGACCCGCCUCGCCGACCACCGCCUCGGCCCAUUCGAGCUCCCCGCCGCCGGCAAAGAACCCACCAACGCCGAUCACCACCACUGCAGCAGCAGCAGCAAGGGCGUCCAGCCGGCGCCUCCUAAUGUAGCACGAGUUCAUUAG